AUGACUUCGACAUACGCGCUUGGCCAAGCAAUUUCGCCAUCGCACGAUGAGACCCAUGUCGGUGGUGAUAGUCGUGUUUUAGUUGAGGACGAUCUGGGUGACGACUUUGAUGAUGAUAACUUUGGUGAGAUGGGUGGCUAUCGUGCUCUGCGCGGCCUUGGAGAACAAGACAAUGAUAACGAUAAUGACGAUAAUGGUGACGAUGAUGAUAACGACGAGGUCGUUGUUGCGGGACGUACAGUGAUUGUGCUUCAUGAGAAUGGACCGAGUUAA